CACUCUCUCCUCCCUCAGACACGCACACACACACACUCAGAUAUACUCUCUCCACAGCUCGCCCUGCAUCCACAACCUGAGGGUUAUCGGCACUUCCAACACCAUGGGGAGUCCUGCCAAUGUGAAGGCCAUCAUGGCCCGCUUCAACACGGGGCCCGACCCUGCAGAGGGGGUCCCAGCCGGGGCCUCGAGGGCAGGGUCCGUGGAGGAGGUCCCGGGGGGGCGCCCCAGAACGCCCCUGCACCCCACCUUCUCCUCAGGGGCCCCCGCACUGGGAAAGAAGCCGGGUCUGGAGGGCCGCCUCUCUGGGAGCUCCAUCACGGGGGCCCCAAAACCCAGCUUCCUGAAGAGCACCGCACCGGAGGUCUGUGAGUUCCCCCGGCCCCUGGCCCCUGCUGUCGCUAAGCAACCGGCUUUCAAACCCAAACCGCCAGAGGUCCCCAGGGAAUCAGAGCCCAAACCACUGUACCCCAAAGUGGCUGUACAGAGGCCUUCUCUCAGUGGCACUGCUGAGGGCAAGACCUGUCCUACACCACCCCCCGCCCUGACCAAGCCACCCCUCACCCAGGCUAAACCACCCCCCGCCCUGACCAAGCCACCCCUCACCCAGGCUAAACCACCCCCCGCCCUAACCAAGCCACCUCUCGGCCUAGCCAAUCCCCCCACCUCCCCGUCCAAACCGUCCCCCUCCUUGUCAAAACCAUCCUGGAUCAAAGACGAUCCCAAAGGUGAGGAUGCAGGUGGUGGUGGUGGUGGUGGCCCUCUCAACACACCCAAAGCACCGCUGGGUCCCAAACCCAAGAGCGCGGUCAGUGCCCUGCGGAAUCGGGUGCAGGAGGGGGGCAGCACGCCCCCCUUUCCCCAAAAGCCCUCCAGUUUCCGGGCAGCACAGAGUCGCUUCAACAAGGAGAGCAGUGACUCCCAGGGACCGGAGAAGAACAACCUCACGCCCCUGAACUCCCACGAUCCUCCAGUGCCCAAACCGUCCGUGACCCAGAGAGGCAGCUUUGUCAGGAUGCAUCUGGAACAGAAGGAGAACAGCGACCCCUCUGCUCCUAAGAGGAAGCAGCUUCUGAAUAAGCUGGCCCUGGGAAGCCCCCCAGCCAAGCCCAACAGACCCCCCAACGUCAACCUGGACAAGUUCAGGAAGCAAGCUGAGCCCCUGGCCAACGGUCCUGGGAUGAAGAAGGGGACUCCUCUUCCUCCUCACCAUGGCAACCAUGUGGACCCCCCCCUGCUGCCCCCCCCUGUGGCUCCCAGCCUGCCCCCCCGACCACUGACUGCUAUGAACCUUCCGGAACCAGAUGAAAACUACGAUGAUGUUGGCAGGAUUAUGGACGCCCCACCGCCUCCCCCAGGAGGUCAUCCCAGCCAGACAGUGGAGGACAGCGGGAGUGAUGAGGAGAUGUACGAGGAUCUCGACGAGAGAUGGCCAACACAAGAGUCAAAAGAGCAGGAAAAAAAGCGGGAAAAAGAGGAGAAGAAACGGAUUGAACAGGAGAAAAAAGAACAAAGAGAGAGAGAGAAGAAAGAACAGGAUGCCAGGAAGAAAUUUAAGCUCUCUGGGCCUAUCCAGGUCAUCCACAAACUCAAGGCCAAGGUGGACUGCAAGGGGAACAAGACGGACCUCUCUCUGAAACAGGGGGACUUCAUCGAGAUCGUCCGCAUUUCUGACAACCCUGAAGGCCGCUGGCUCGGCAGGUCGAGGGAAGGCUCCUUUGGCUAUGUAAAGACCGAGUCAGUGGAGAUAGACUUUGAUGCUCUGAAGCGUCAGGGCGAGAUCCUUCCUGCUUCAGUGCAGGGGGAUCCAGAGGUGUAUGACGACAUAGGUGUCCAAGAUGAUGUCAUCAGGGUUACAGGUCCAGGAGUGAUCCUCCCGCCCCCUCCAGAUGAGGAUGGAGAAAUCUAUGACGAGCUGGACGACUUAGACCUGAGUGUGCGCCCCGCCACAACGGAACAGUGGUCGCCCCCCAAACCACGUGGCCUUCUUAAGAUGUUAAAGACCUGGGACGACCGGAGAAAAAACUCAACCAGCAGCAAUGAAGUCCCGCCCCCUCCUCAGUUCACCCCUGAGGGACACACAGAGGAAGAACUGAUCGAUGAGGAGAUAUACGAUGAUGUGGAUGCCCAGCCUGGCCCACCCACUUCCUCACUCAGCAGUCUUCUGCAGAUGCAGUCCAAGGCUAAACCUGAGGAGAAGGAUCCAAAGAAGCAGAAGAAGUUUGAGAAGGAGGAGAAAGACUUCAGGAAGAAGUUUAAAUUUGAAGGUGAGAUCCAGGUGCUCUAUCAGGUGACCAUCAUUUCCACGCUUGCCAGUAAGAAGUGGGGAAAUAAAGACCUGGCCCUCAGGCCAGGAGAGACUGUCGAUGUCAUCGUGAAGCCCAAAGAUAACAAGCUGAUUGGCCGAAACGAGGAGGGGAAAUUUGGCUACGUUUCAACGAGCCACAUUGUAGCAGAGGAUCCUGAUAUUUAUGAUGACAUUGGUGAAGAUUGCAUCUAUGACAACGACUAAAACACCAGCCCAAUACCAUUCUCCCCCCCACCACCCUCGGACAUACCCUGCUGUGGAUGUCAUGUGCCCUGCUGUGGAUGUGGAUGUGGAUAGGGUUAGGGUUAGGGCUGUGAUGUAAAAUGUAUUUAUUGCUUAUAAAUGAUUCAGGGAGGAUGACUAAGGCAUUGUAUUCCAGAGAUUCAGAGAUUGAUAUGGCAAUGCUGUAUCCCAUAGAGAUCAGGCUAAUCCAGCAUGCCCUGUAGGCCAUUAGUGUGGAGGUAUUGCACUGUCGAUAAUACAAGUCUGAAAGCAUUGCUGCAGACUAAGACUAGAACGAUUACAUUUGCAAUGAAUACUUGUUUUUUUAUAUGAUAUAUAUAUUUUUGUAAAAAAUAAACCAAACACAUAAUUCUUGGUUUUUAAAAAAACGUAAUUGUUGUAUUUGGACAGACAGGGUGCAGCAUCUAGUAUCUGAAACUCCUUGUGCUCUGUUCCAAGGGUCAACACCCACAGCUCUUAAAUCUACCAUAGGCCUGCGUGUGUGUUGGAACGAAAGGCUGUACAGAAUAAAACCUCUACUUUAUUUGCUCUAUUCACUGUAAUACUACUGCAGGACUAUAUGGUGUCAGGUGUUACAAUUCUUAAAUGUGUGUUACUAUCACUGUUUUUCAACAAUAGUCAAAGCUGGUUUUUGAAUUAGUCUUAUUUUUUGAUUUUCUGCCAGUAUCAUCAAACCUCUUUGGCUAGCCUCUAAGCAAACCUCUCCAUAUUGUUUAAAAUCUGUGCCGGGAAACUCACAACAUGUGAGUGAAAAUGAUACCACAUCGCAUCAGCAGUGAACCAGUCUUCGUCUGAGUGGCGUAUGCAGGCAGAGGGAGGGCGAGAUGGCCGUGCAGAUGUGGCCCAUUUACGGUUUUAAAUGAACGCCUUUUUAAUACAAAUGGAUACGACUUACAUCUGACAAUGCCAGCUAGCUGAUUUGUUGCUUUCCUGUGAUUUUAUAUUUAAAGGUAAGGACAGAUAUUACAUUGAUUAAAGUGUAUUAUAACAGUCAAA